UUCAAUUACGAACCAUGGUCAUCGACCAAUGAUAUCGUUACGUGAACAUCUGGCUGAAACUAAAACUGUUUUUGUUAUCGCUAGAAGUGAUUAAUUUUAUAGAUCAAUAAUUUUAUCCUCUAGGAAAAUUAUCAAAAAUCUCAAGUAUUUAAUAAAUAGGUGCUGUUAGCAGAUUUUAAAAUGAGUCGAAGACUUCAAACUGUUGCUGCUGUGACUUGUAUGAAACUGUUGCUUCUUUUAUUUAAUGUGAUAUUUUGGGUCGCAGGAAUAAUAUUAUUAGCCUUUGGACUAUGGAUGAAACUUUCUCUGCAUUAUCUUCUGGAUCUUUCGGAUGAUUAUAACGAUGCGGUUCCUUACAUUUUUAUUGGAACGGGAGCCUUGAUUGUAGUUGUUGGACUGUUUGCCUGUUGUUGUACUGUUAAAGGUCAACCCAUUUUAUUAUAUGUGUUGGCUAUCUUUUUGAGUCUUGUAUUCAUCUGUGAAGUUGCUGCUGGCAUAGCUGGGUAUGUAUACCGUAACAAGCUACAAAAUGGAUUUGAGACUGGUUUAAAUAACAGUAUAACACAUUAUGGCAAUGGGCGAAUUCGAGAUAGAGAUGUUGAUAUGCUUCAAAAAUAUCUAAAAUGUUGUGGUGUUAAGGACUUUGAAGAUUGGAAUGCCGUGUGGAAGAAUGAUUCAGUUCCUAUCAGCUGUUGCAAGGAUAGCAAUGCUUGCCAGUAUGCACCACUCAUGGGCACGGAUGAUAUUUAUGUUGAAGGCUGCUAUAAUAAAGUUGUUGACUUUGUGAAUAGAAAUUUGGGUGCUUUGUUUGGUGGCCUAGUUGGAUUGGCAUUUUUCCAACUUUUGGGAGUAACACUGGCAUGCUGUCUAGCUAAAUAUGCUGAUAAAGCCAAAUAUGAACCAGUGGCUUGAGCUUCUAGUCUGUAGAUGAAUUAUUUGGCAUGGUUUACUUUUGCUAUAUGUUUCUUCGCUUUGUCACAAUCUCACUAACAAUGUUUUUGUGCUCUCAAUUUGUAAAGCAUUUAUUCUAGAGCCUUUCGAGAAUUUUAUAUACAUAUCUCAUUUUAAAUAUAUAUUUAACGAUCUUGUCAGGCUUUUAUUUUUUAAACUAUUAUAAAAUAUAUUUAUUCUAUAAAAAAAGGAUUUAUGUUUCUGAUAUUUUAUAUAUGCAUAUGUUAUUCUUUUAUAUAUUUUACUAUAAAGGUCACUUAAAUAUAUUUCUGAAUGGUUUGAAAUAAAUUAAAAUUUCCCUCCAUAAAAUAUAACUAUACACAAAAUUUUUAAAGCCUUUUAAUAUUGCACUUCUGUAUAUUCGUACACUAGAAAAGAUAUAAACUUAUACCCCUCAAAUUUC